AACCGCCCCCGACCUCCAUCGAGUCCCCAAAGGUCCAAACCCAACCGACCGACCGGGCGGCGAUUCAGCGAGUCCUCCCCACCCCACCCCUUCCCUUUCCCCGCCCGUUACGCAGAGCAAACCCCCCGCCACGAAGCAAAAUCGAAGCAAAUCGCAAGCACUUCUCCGCCAGAGCAUGCGCGUUGCCGCGACGCGACUCGCCGCCGCCCCCGCUCCGCUCCCCCUCCUCCUGCUCCUCUUCCUCGUCUCCGCGCCCCUCGCCAUCGUAGCGGCAGCCAUGGCCGGCCACGUCCUCGGCGGCGUGAAGGAGAACCCCGCCGCCGCCAACAGCGCCGAAUCCGACGGGCUCGGCCGCUUCGCCGUCGACGAGCACAACAAGCGCGAGAAUGCGCUGCUGGAGUUCGUGCGCGUGGUGGAGGCCAAGGAGCAGGUGGUGGCCGGCACGUUGCACCACCUCACGCUCGAGGCCAUCGAGGCCGGGAAGAAGAAGGUGUACGAGGCCAAGGUCUGGGUCAAGCCAUGGCUCGACUUCAAGGAGCUCCAGGACUUCGUCCACAAAGGGGACGCCGCUACUUUCACCAACGCCGACCUCGGCGCCAAGAAAGGUGGACAUGAGCCUGGUUGGCGUGAGGUGCCUAUAGAGGAUCCUGUGGUCAAAGAUGCUGCGCACCAUGCUGUGAAAUCAAUCCAGGAGAGGUCCAACUCCCUGUUUCCCUAUGAACUUCUUGAGAUCGUUCGCGCUAAGGCACAGGUUGUGGAAGACUUUGCGAAAUUUGACAUUCUGAUGAAGCUGAAGAGAGGCAGCAAGGAGGAGAAGAUCAAAGCUGAGGUCCACAAGAGCCUGGAAGGGGUUUUCGUGCUGAACCAGCAUCAGCCAGCCGAGCAGGAGGAAUCUAGCAGCCAGUGAGCUUCUGACGUAACGGUAGCUGUGGUAAUGUGGUUUGGGCUGUAAAAUAAGGAGAAAACGUGGUCGCUCCGGGUUUUAUCUGGAUAAUAUCGUGUAUCGUAUGGUCGUUGCUGUCUUGCUUCCUAACAGGGCAGGCCUCCAGUGUCUGUGUGCUGUUCCUAGCCUGUCGGAAAACUGGUGCCCGUGUUGCUGUUGCUGGCAUCGGAACUUGUGAGCUUCCAAAAGCUAAUCCCGGUCGUAUUGUACUGUUAAUAUGGAUCAUUUGUGGAUAUAGUGAUAAAUCGCCACGCCUCCAAAA